CCUCCGUCAUGGAUAAGAACAUGAUGUUACCGAAACGAUCGCGUUUGGAUGUGAAAGGCCCCUUUGCCAAUGGGCCAAUGCAGGCUCGACCGUUGGUUGCAUUGUUAGAUGGUCGUGAUUGUUCUAUCGAAAUGCCAAUAUUGAAAGAUGUUGCCACUGUGGCGUUUUGUGAUGCUCAAAGCACAUCGGAAAUACACGAAAAGGUUUUAAACGAAGCUGUGGGCGCUCUUAUGUGGCAUACUAUAAUUUUAACAAAAGAGGAUCUGGAAAAGUUUAAAGCAUUACGUAUUAUAGUACGAAUCGGCAGUGGUACUGAUAACAUAGAUGUUAAGGCAGCUGGUGAACUUGGCAUUGCAGUAUGCAAUGUUCCCGGUUAUGGUGUGGAGGAAGUGGCUGAUACGACAAUGUGUUUGAUAUUAAAUUUAUACCGAAGAACCUAUUGGCUAGCGAAUAUGGUGCGAGAAGGGAAGAAGUUUACCGGCCCCGAACAAGUACGAGAAGCUGCACAUGGCUGUGCAAGAAUUCGAGGAGAUACAUUAGGUUUAGUUGGCUUGGGACGCAUUGGCAGUGCAGUUGCAUUGCGAGCAAAAGCAUUCGGCUUCAACGUAAUAUUCUAUGAUCCAUACCUACCAGAUGGUAUCGAUAAAUCGUUGGGCCUAACACGUGUAUACACUCUGCAAGAUUUACUGUUCCAAUCAGAUUGUGUAUCACUACAUUGUACACUUAAUGAACAUAAUCAUCAUUUAAUUAAUGAAUUCACAAUUAAACAGAUGCGACCUGGUGCAUUCUUAGUAAAUACUGCACGAGGUGGUCUGGUGGAUGACGAGACUUUAGCACUUGCCCUGAAGCAAGGUAGAAUAAGAGCCGCUGCACUGGAUGUACACGAAAACGAACCCUUCAAUGUAUUCCAAGGCGCCCUUAAAGACGCUCCCAACCUAAUAUGUACACCACAUGCCGCCUUCUUCAGUGAUGCAUCCGCAACAGAGUUGCGGGAAAUGGCUGCAACGGAAAUUCGACGAGCCAUUGUCGGCAAUAUACCAGAUGUUUUAAGGAAUUGUGUUAAUAAGGAAUAUUUCAUGAGAACACCAGCAUCAGCAGUUGCUGCCGCCGCUGCGUCAGUAUAUUCAGAAGGAUUAAAUGGCGGAUAUUAUUCAGGCGCACUUCAACAGGCUCACAGUACUACACCUCACGAUGUCCCACAUAGUGUAGGAGCCGCUUUGGCACCGCCAACCACUCCCUCAAAUGUCAAUCCAUCGCCAGUACCAACGGUACCGCCUAUCCAUGUAUUGCCACAGGUUGGAUUGCAGCUAGGACUUGUGAGUAGUAAAUCGCCCCAGACGGCGCCCGACCCUAAUAAUCAUCAUCCAUCCACAUCUAAGCCAGAGUCAUCGGAGGUUCAAUAGUUCAAAAGCGCCAUCAAUUUCAACAAAAACAAAACUACAACAAAUAACAAUGCUUCAUUUCAAUUAAGGACAUUCGAUGGAACACACACUUAAGAAGUGCCAUUGAU